GGUCGUUUGGUCCUUAGUCAGAAUAUUAUUGCUGCACACGCUAAAAUACAUUUCCAAGAACAAUUUACCUAGUCAACAAACAACACCAAAAUAAAUUUAAAAUAAAAAUAUCAAGAACCCCAAAAUUGAUUCACCAAAAUUCCUUCUUCCUCUGUAAAAGUAUCCCCACAAAAAAAGAAAAAGCAAAAAAGAACAAUUCUUUUCUCUUCUAUUGGAUUUCAAUUUCUAUUAAAAAUUCAAUCUUUAUUUUAGUGAUUCUUGAAAAAGUGUAGAGAGCGUGUCGGGAUAUUACUUUAUUUGUAAACCCCAUUUGGAAUGAUUGUUUAAUGGAAGAGCAAAGUUGAAAAAGGUGGGGUUUUUUUUUUUUUUGAAUUUAAUAUACUGAAGUUUUUAUUGAUAUAAUUUUCUGUUUCAAGUGGCUUUGCACAUGUAUACAUCUGGGUUUUAAGUCAAAGGGCUUAAACUUUACACACAUGGGGUUUUGAUAAAGUUGUUGAAUUUUGAAGAACUGAGGCUUUUUCUUUAGAUUGAUUAAGGUAGUGCUCUAUUCUUGAUCUGUAGUUGUGAAUGGUGUUGGAAUUUCUUUGAGGCCUUUGUUUCUUGGGUGUUCUUUUUAACCCCUUUCUUGGAAUAAGGGGGUAAGAAUAGGUAUUUCUUGAAAUAAUCAUCAUUUUGUGCUGACCCUUUUGGAAGUUUCAGCUGAGGAGGAAAAAUUGACUUUAGUUUGAUGACUUUAUUGAGUUUCUGUUGAAUAUUUACUUGUUUUUGCAAAGUUGCAAUUUUGAGUGGCUGAAGAGAAAAUAUGAUUAAGUUAUUUGGUAAGAAGAACCCUAAGAAGCAGUCAAAGACUGCUGGUAGUGGCACGUCUAGUUCUAGUUCUUCGACGAGUUCAAAGAAAAGUGAUGGAGGAAACAAAAAAGUUGUUGGGGUAUCAGCUAACAGUAGUGUUAUUUCAGCUCCUUAUUCUGUUUCAGCUUCAACGGGGGAUAAAUUUGUUCGAGAUGGGAGUUUAAAGCUGAAUGGGAAUCUGGUUUCAGCUUCUUAUGAUGCAUUGCCAAGUUUUAGGGAUGUUCCUAAUUCUGAGAAGCAGAACUUGUUCAUUAGGAAGGUCAACAUGUGUUGUGUUUUGUUUGACUUCACUGAUCCUACAAAGAACCUUAAAGAAAAGGAGAUCAAGCGACAGACGUUAUUGGAGCUUGUGGAGUACGUAACGUCUGCAAAUGUAAAAUUUACAGAAGUGGUGAUGCAAGUAGUAGUAAAGAUGGUGUCUACGAAUUUGUUCAGGGAACUCAUGCCCCAACCUCGAGAGAACAAGAUGGUGGCCUUUGAUGUGGAAGAGGACGAACCUGCAAUGGAUCCGUCAUGGCCACAUCUGCAGAUUGUAUAUGAGUUUCUUCUGAGGUUUGUUGCAUCACCCGAAACUGAUGCAAAAAUUGCCAAAAGAUAUAUAGAUCAUUCCUUUGUUCUCAGAUUGCUUGAUCUUUUUGACUCUGAGGAUCCUAGGGAAAGGGAGUACUUGAAAAUAAUACUGCACCGUGUCUAUGGGAAGUUCAUGGUACACCGACCUUACAUUAGGAAGGCUAUUAAUAACAUAUUUUAUCGUUUUGUUUUUGAGACUGAAAAACAUAAUGGGAUUGCAGAGCUUCUGGAAAUUCUGGGCAGCAUAAUCAAUGGGUUUGCUUUGCCACUAAAAGAAGAACACAAGCUUUUUCUUGUCCGGACAUUGAUUCCUCUGCAUAAACCCAAAUGCUUGGCCAUGUACCAUCAACAGUUAACGUAUUGUAUGACACAGUUUGUGGAGAAAGACUGCAAGCUUGCUGAUACAGUUAUUAGGGGAUUGUUAAAGUAUUGGCCAGUAACAAAUAGCUCAAAAGAGGUCAUGUUCCUUGGUGAGUUGGAGGAAAUCUUGGAAGCUACUCAACCAUCAGAUUUCCAAAGGUGUAUGGUGCCGUUGUUUCGUCGAAUUGCUCAUUGUUUGACUAGCUUGCAUUUCCAGGUGGCGGAAAGGGCUUUGUUCUUGUGGAACAACGAUCACAUAGAGAAUUUAAUAAAGCAGAAUCGGAAGGUGAUACUGCCUAUCAUCUUUCCUGCAUUGGAGAGAAAUGCCAGACACCAUUGGAAUCAGGCUGUUCACAGUUUGUCACUGAAUAUUCGGAAGAUCUUCUACGAUCUUGAUCCUGAGCUAUUCAAGGAGUGCUUGCACAAGUUUCAGGAAGACGAAUUGAAGGAAGAUGAGAUUAAAUCAAGGCGUGAAGCUACAUGGAAACGAUUAGAAGAAGUUGCUGCCAAAAAUACUACAAGUAAUGAAGCUGUGCUUGUGCCAUCCACUGGGCAUUCUCGAACUUAAUGUUAAGAUAUGCUUGUUCUUCCUUGUUCUUAAUUUUCAUAAUUCUGGUUAAUUUACAUUUUGGAAGCAAUGAAUUUAUCAUGGGAAAAGGGAUUUUGUGUGUCAUUGGCUUUUUUCCCUUGGUCAGUUUCAUCCUGAUAGCUGUAGUUGUAACCUAUAAUUUGUUUAUAUGUGUUAACUUUGGCAAUUUGGAAAUGAUAUGGAAGCAAGUUUUUUUUUAUUAAA